CAAUCAAAUGCUGUACGUAAAAAUCCCAUUUUUCGUUUAUUAGUGUUUAAUAAGAUUUUAAUAAAAAUAGGAAAAUUACUAGUCAUGACAAAAGUCGAAAGUUGGCAUUUAUCUUUUAAUUUUGAUGACUCUGCCCUAACUUCCUUUUUUGACAAUGACAGUGAUACUAAAAUAAAAAUAGUAUAUAAGGGUAUUAGGACUGGAAACUACCAGUAAAAUUUGAAUCGUCAAGCAGUAAACGUGUAACAUGCGAUUCCUUGUGCAUUUAUUUAUAAGCUACAUUUUUUUUGUGAAUAUAAAUGAAGGAGCAAAGAUAUUAGUAGUGGUUCCAACCUCAUCUAUCAGCCAUCAAGUAGUGUUUCGACCUUUGACUCAAGAGCUCGCUAAGAGAGGACACGAUGUCACCGUCAUCACAACAGAUCCCGCCUUCCCGAAAGGAGGAGCUCCUGCUAACCUGACAGAAAUCGACCUUCACGAUUUAUCGUAUAAUAUGUUCAUACAAGAAACGAGUAAAAUGCCAAAAGGUAAUAAGGAUGAUUUGCUAGUUCAAAUGAAAACGUAUUUGAGAGUGUCUGCUUUAAUUUUUGGAGAACAGUUAAAAGAUGGAAAUGUGCAACUUCUAAUCAACGACAAAAAUGUGAAAUUUGAUUUAAUAAUUGUGGAAGCAUGUUUUAGACAAUCUCUCGCAUAUUCUCAUGUUUUCAAAGCUCCAGUCAUACAAAUGAGUUCUUUUGGAGGAGUGUUUGACAAUUUCGCAACAAUAGGAGCUCCAACACAUCCUAUUCUUUAUCCAGACAUUAUGCGGCAAAAACUGAAUCAUUUGACAAUGUGGGAGAAAAUAACGGAACUGUAUAAUCAUUACAUGUUGAAGUGGAUAUACCACAAUAAUGCGCAUCUAGAGAAUAAAAUAUUGCAAGAAAUUCUUGGACCGGACGUACCAACUGUGACAGAACUUUAUGACAAUGUACACAUGCUGUUCUUGAAUGUGUAUCCAGUGUUUGAAGGUGUUCGACCAGUUCCUCCUACUGUUGUUUACACAGGGGGCCUGCACCAAAACCCGGAGAAAGAAUUGCCCAAGGAUCUUAAAUCAUAUUUGGAUUCAUCGAAAAACGGUGUGAUUUAUAUAAGUUUUGGUACCAAUGUGGACCCAACUAUGCUACCCGCUGAUAGAAUUAAAGUCCUAGUGAAAGCAUUCUCUCAGUUGCCUUACGAUGUGUUAUGGAAGUGGAACGGAGACGAGCUGCCUGGACGUACUGAGAACAUCAGAAUCUCAAAGUGGUUGCCGCAGUCGGAUUUACUGAGGCAUCCAAAAAUUAAGGUAUUUGUGACACAAGGAGGUCUACAAUCAACUGACGAAGCGAUAACUGCUGGCGUUCCAUUGAUUGGAGUCCCAAUGCUGGGUGAUCAAUGGUUUAACGUUGAAAAAUACGUCUAUCAUAAAAUCGGUGUUCGAUUGGACUUGGAAGACAUUACUAUAGAAACUUUCAAAAAUACAUUGCUCAAAGUUAUUGGAGAUGACAGCUUUCGACGGAAUAUAAUCAAAUUGCGCAGUCUGAUGCGUGACGAGGUGCAGACUCCACUGGAGCGCGCCGUGUGGUGGACGGAGUACGUGCUGCGGCACGGCGGCGCGAAGCACCUGCGCUCGCCCGCCGCCAACAUCUCGUGGGCGGAGUACCUGGAACUGGAACUGGUGCUCACAUUACUGGCAGGAUUAUUAGUCAUUUUAUUUAGUACAAGUUUAAUAGUUUAUAAAACGUACCAGCUUUUCUUAAAGCAACGCUUAACUCCCGUAAAAGUAAAAAGUACGUAGCUAAUAUAAAUUAUUCCAU